AUUGGUCUAUCAGUAUUGUAUUCAGUUUGCCUACUCAAUUUGAUUUGCAAAACAAGGAUUACAGUUUACUAACCUAACAAGGCAGAUAUAUUUCUGGAGAUAUUAUCUAGAGUAUUUACAUUUUUUCAAUAACCUAAAUCUAGAGAUUGGACUACAUGAUGCACAUUAAAGGAAACCAAUGCUGCUGCUCCUUUGAUGACUGUCGAAACACAGCUGAGUGGCUUCUUAGCCGAACCAGACACCGACCUAAAAUUGGCAUCAUUUGUGGAUCUGGCUUAGGUCUGCUUGUGGACUCAGCAUCAAGAAAGCAAUCUUUCCGUUACGAAGAUAUACCCAACUUUCCUGCAAGCACGGUGGCUGGUCAUGAAGGGUGUCUUGUCUUUGGAGAUCUGAAGGAAAAGCCAUGUGUCUUCAUGCAAGGCAGAUUUCACCUAUAUGAGGGAUAUUCAAUGUGUAAGGUAACCUUCCCAGUACGGAUAUUUAAACUGCUAGGUGUGGAAACUGUAAUAGUAACAAAUGCUUCAGGAAGUCUUUCCCAGGAUUUCAAAGUAGGAGACAUUAUGAUUAUCAAGGAUCACAUUAAUCUACCUGGCUUUGCUGGACAACAUCCAUUAUGUGGGCCCAAUGAUGAAAGGUUUGGAAUCCGCUUUCCUUGUAUGUCUGAUGCCUACAGUGAAGAACUGCGCAAACUAGCUCUUGACACCAGUGCCGAACUUGGUUACUCAGACUUUGUGCACGAGGGAGUGUACUGCAUGGUCAGUGGACCCAACUUUGAAACUGUCGCUGAAGCCCGUAUGCUGCACAUUCUGGGAAGUGACUCUGUGGGCAUGAGCACUAUCCCUGAAGUGACUGUGGCAAAGCACUGUGGUCUGCGCGUAUUUGGACUCUCGCUUAUCACCAACAAAGUGCCACUGGACUACAGCAGUGAAGAAAAGGUCAACCAUGAAGAGGUUCUCCAGAUCAGCAAAAUGAGAGCUGAAAUGGUGCAAAGUUUAAUCUAUGCAAUGAUUGCUAAAUAUGACAUAAAUGAACUAAACCAAUCUGUCCAAAUGAAUUGUCAAAAUUAAUAGGCCAAGGCUUCAAAUUCACAAGCAGCACCCUGUACUCUUCCAUUUAAAGCAAACUUAUUUUAUUAUUUACAGCAACUGUAUGUUUGAAAAGAAAAAAAAUUACCCUUCAUGUAAAUAAUUUUAAUUUUUUUACCUUUAGCCAGCAAAGUAGCACAAUGGCACAAAGACUGGGUGUGCAUAGUUCUUCUGUGAGUACUCUGCUUUUCUGGCCACAUCCAAUGAUGUCAGUGUCUAUGAUGUUCAUUCUCAACUGCACAAUACAAAUGCUGAUAAUUCAAUGACUGAUCACAUUUUUUAAUGCUACACAUACAUCUCCUGUUUGGUCUCCUUCUGCUUUUUCUUCCUCUUCCUCUUCAUGUUUUCCCACUUCUUUGUGGGGUCGAUGUGCUUGAUUAUUUGGUCUCCUUCUGCUUUUUCUUUCUCUUCCUCUUCAUGUUUUCCCACUUCUUUGUGGGGGUGAUGUGCUUGAUUAACCUUCUCCAUACAGCAUGGUCUUUCGCCUUGUCCUCAGGCAAGCCAUUUUCUUUCACAUCUUCUUUUACUUUAUUUAUCCAUCCACUUCCACUUUGGCAUCCAUUGCCUGCUAUUCUCCUGUAUUUCCUUUCCCAUCUCAUUCCAUCUCUUUUGCCAACUUAUUCAAUGUCUGUCCUGAACUCAUGUCCAUACAACUUUGACCUCCUUUCCUGUACUUUCUUAGAUAUCUCUCCCAUUUUUGUUUUAUCUCUAUUUCCUAUUCUGUCCUUUUUUGUAACUCUACACAUCCAUCCCAACAUUCUCAUUUCUUCCACAUCUAACUUCUUCUCCUAUGUUCCCUUUACUGCUCAUGUCUCAGCUCAAUGCAUCACUGAUGGUCUUACCACUGUCUCAAAAACCUUACCUUUAACCUUUGCCUUAAUUCCUUGAUUACACAAUACCCCUGAUACCUUCUUCUAAUUGUUCCAGCCACACUGCACUCUAUGGGUUAUCUCUGCAUCUCAUUUUCCAUCUUGGGCUACUACUGAUCCUAGAUAUUUACAUUUAUCCAUUCUUUCCAACAGUUCUCGCUGCAAGCUGAGGUCUGAGUUCUGUUGAUCAUGAAACCUCAUAUAUUCUGUCUUCUUCCUACUUAUCUUCUACCCUGUAUCUCCCAAAGCCCCUCUCCAUUCUUCCAACCUCUUCUCCACUUCCUCUUUUCUGCUGCUACACAACACAAUGACAUCAGCAAAAAAGCAAAGGUUGAUUGCUCAUUUAUUCAAUGUCUCAACACAUUCAUAACCACACCAGAGAGGUAAGGACUUAAAGAAGAUCCCUGGAGCAGACCUACUCUAACUGGGAUCUUGUGAGUUUCUCACUACCUGAUACACAUCCUGGACAAUCCUCUAUUAAAUAAUCUGUGGAUGAGUUGGGAGGUAACUUUUAGGUCUUGCACCUAAUGUCCUGUCCUCUCCUUCAAUAUUCAUCUGCUGCUACUCUGCUCAUGAUAAACAAAACAGAUGAGCAAUGUCAAAGGAGGACCUGAGAUUUGUAAUGAAAAAUCAUAGAAUAAAAAUAAUUGAAACAGUAUUAUCCUUUCCAAUUUUGUAGUGCAUGUGAUUUUUUUUAGGUAAAGGUAGAGAGAAUUCUGAUUGUGCUACAACAGACAGAACUCAUGCAUGUCUUUAUUUUAUAAUUUUAGAAUGAGGCGUGGGACACUGACACUGACAGAAGCCAUGUAUUUUUUUCUUGCCUCCAUCCAUGGUUAAUGUUAUGUGAAAAAUAAAUAUUUGGGUUAACACAACUUUAAAACUAAUACAGACUGAAGAAAGCUCUAAUCACCGGCACUCAUGUUGAAUCUAAUUUGCCUGCACAUUGGUGGUGGUUGAAGAUGUUCCCCACUAUAUGUUUAAAGCAGUUUGAAUAGGCUAGAGAAGCAUUAUUAUGUGACAUAAAAGACCUCAUUAGGAUGAAGCUGUGUAUGUUAAAAGCACAGUGCAACUUCAGCUUCUCAUUGUGUUGUUUUCACAUUUGACGAUUUUUGGCCUGACAUGAUAAUACAGUGGUUAGCAUUUUUGCUUUCUAGCUCCUCAGCUCUUGAUUUCAAUACCAUCCCCUUACUGUGGAGUGCACACAACUGUUGUUGUGCCCGUGUGGGUUUUCCAAAUACUCUGGAUGCCAACCACAUUCCAAAGACUUACAUAUUAAUGUUACAUCUAAAUUAUCUGACAACUCUAAAUUGGCAGUGUGUGGGUGGAUGUGUUACUGCCACCAUAAAGGUGCCCAAUUCUGCAGACUCUGAAUUGAAACUAAGAAGGUUGAUGAUGGGUUUAUGACACUUCUUCUGUCAUAUACAUUUUUCAAUAAUGUAAAGCUUUCACUUAAGUACUAAACAUGUCUUCAAAGUAAAAGAUGGUGCUACACUGGAUAAGCCUGUAUACUCCAAUAAUCUGAAGUCAUUCCAAUUUCAUGUUGUAUAUUUCCUGGAUUUCCAAAUACAAAAAAAAAGCAGAUUCUUAGUUAAUUUAGAAAUAAUUUCUCCAGGCUUUUUUCUGAUCUUGCCAUUUUGGUGUAAGUGAGUGCUUGUUCACCACUAAUUCCUGCCUUUUACACAUGCUGUAGGGAUAGACUCUCCCUCUCUAUCACCCAUAAAAACAAUGAAAGCGUAAUAAACCUAUUGAGGCCAGUAAUUGCUCUAUAAAAUUCAUGGUCAAAGUUUGGCAUGACGAAACAGAGCUGGAUAACCAUCAGUUCCUAGUGAAUAUACUGCUGCCUUUAUGUCCUUAUUGUAUUAUCUAAGCAAUAAGAAAUUUUUAAUAUGUUGGCAAAUUACAUUUACCAACAUUAACCAAUUAAUUGAAAAUGUCUUGAAAUGAUGUAAUGAGCAAAAUCGGAUAUUAGAUAUUUUAGUAGAGCAGAUUGACAGUCGAUGUACUGUAGAUAAGGACCAACCAUUAACCUUGCAGACUGGAUUCUCACUGUGCAGUGCAGAUCAGAAAGGGAAAUGUCUUUAGUUCAUCAGGGACUAUUUGAUAGAAAGAUAGUAAUUACUUUUUAAAUACUGUAUAAGAUAGGCUGCAGGAAUGUUACUUCACUGAAGACACAAACUUAGAUCUUUUUUUGCUGUAACAGCAUAAUCAGGUUAAUUCCUACACCAUCAUCUGUACACAGUAUCUGAUGAGAAGAUGGCAAAAUCGGAUCUACAUCCUUCCUCUUCUGAGCCAGCCAUGUGUGUCAGUUCAUUUGGGUCUGGUGGGUUGGUCACUUGCAUAGAAUUAUGUCAUUUCAGUGAAAAUCAAGGGUUUGCUAUUUCAGACCUUGCCAUUAACUUACUGCUGUACCCUAAUCAAAUUACACAAUAUCUUGCAUGUUUUCCAAAUCUAUAACUAUGCAAAUAAUCACAAUGUAUUAUAUAAAACUAAAAAUUGGAUACAAGUGCCUUCUAAAUAAAUAUCUGUAAACGGAUGACUGAUGCCAAUCACCUUGUUCUUGUCCUUCCAGUUAUUUAAUUAGACAUUGAGAGCUUGUCUUCAAUAUCAGCCAUGUCUUCUGACCAAACAGGUAGCAAAUAAACACAACUUAGCUUACUGUAAAUUGACAUCCUAGACAUCAUCACUUAGUCUGGUUCAAAUUAUAAUUUUAUAAGCCAACUAGCAAAAUACCCGCGCUUCGCAGCGGAGAAGUAGUGUGUUAAAGAGGUUAUGAAAAAGUAAAGGAAACAUUUUAAAAAUAACGUAACAUGAUUGUCAAUGUAAUUGUGUUGUCAUUGUUAUGAGUGUUGCUGUCAUAUAUAUAUACAUAUACACACACAUAUAUACACACAUAUACAGAUAUAUUAUAUAUACAUAUACACAUAUAUUUUUUAUAUAUAUAUUUUUUAUAUAUAUAUAUAUAUAUACACAUACAUACAUACAUACAUACAUAUACACACAUAGAUGCACUUACAAUAACAUAGAAAUCAAUAUAAACAACAUUAACAUCAUUAUCAUAUGAGAAUAUGAAGUAAUAUAUAAGAAGCACAUUUCAUAUAAAUAUAAAUAAUUAAACAGUAAAAUCUUCUUGUAUAAUUUGCUACCGUGGCUUUUCGUUGGUCUGUCCAGGAUAUUUAAAUCACCUGUAGCUUGCAAACUGUUUCACCUAUUGACUUGAAAUGUGGUACACAUAUAAUACGUCACGUCUGCUAUCCGCUUUAUGGGUGAUGAUUGUAUUACUCUUUUUAUGUUUAUUUUAUUUUAGAAUCAACUCCUAUGUGCGCACACCAGGGCGGCCGUGGGCAGAUGCGUAUGGUGUAUUCACUCCAUGUUAUCGUGCAUUGCGCUGUCACUGGUAUUUUGAUAAAAGAAUUUGAACAAUAUAUAAGAAGCGUAUAAAUUAUUAAACAGUAAAACAUUAACAUUUAAGAAGUAAAGUUACAUUGAGUACUACUGCAGUGCCUUCGGGUAUACCUCAUUUUUUCUUUGGCCAUUACAUGCUUAAAUGUAUACAUUUUUUGGUGUACCUACCCGAGAACACGCGACAUAUAACCGACCGUGGGAGAAGCAUGGAUUUUAAAGAAGCGUUGAGUUCAUCUGCUGGUCUCCCUCAUGGAAUAACUGGUAAUGUUUCACUAAAAUCUACAGCGAGUAAAACGACAUUACCUCCUUUUUUUUUUGUACGAUCUCUGAGAUGUUGCUUUUUUCGGUUCAAGGCUUCAUAAGCUCUUUUAUGUUCCAUGGUGUACUUAAUAAGUAGUAAUUAUCCCAAACCAUCAUCUUUGAAUGUUGCAAGACUUUCGCCUUGUAUGUAGAUCGGGGUAAUUACAUUCAUUGCAUUCCUAGUCUGAAUCACAAUCUGAUUGUAUGGGUGGUUACCUGGCACUGUAGGGUUGCCACCCGUCCUUUAAAAUACGGAAUCGUGCCGCGUUUGACAAUGAAAUUGCGCGUCCCGUUUUGAAUCAAUACUGGACGGGAUUUAUCCCGUAUUUUUGUAAUCAUUUUUUUUUUAAAGCAGCGUCUCAUGCAAAUCAUCCCACACGCAUUUUAUGAAGAUGCCUCCUUUCCUACUUUUGAUUGGGUAAUACUUGAUGUCAUCGUUAGUUUGAUUGGUGUUUUUAACUGUCCAGUGAGGAGGGCGUGUCUUUUAAGUACAGUCUGCAAAGUAUUGGCACUGAGAUGUGGCGUCAGCGCCAUACUUGAAGCCCCUAACGUUGCGGUCAGCAAGUCGGCUAACAUCCGCCAUGUGCCGUCUUUCAGUUGCGAGAAGCAGAUCAUAGAAUGGUUGAAACUGUUGCCCCUAACGUUGCGCCACGGCGUGUGGUUCGUUUAUACCUCGUGUCUUCUCAUUAAACUUUUAUCUCGCGAAUAUGUUAUUGCAAUCCGCAGCGGAAGCGUUUCUAUAAACUUUAUUUAAACUUACGUUUUACACCGUGGUUUGUUUCCCUUAUGAACAUGCUUGUAUGCUUAACUCGCUCCGUUCUCAAUUGUUUAAUUAAUUUUUUGCUCUUCGCUGUUUGCGGCUGUUCCUCCAUUUCCCCCUACUUCGUUCUUUUAUCUCGCGAAUAUGUUAUUGCAAUCCUUAACGGGAGCGUUUCAAUAAACUAAUUGAAAAUAGUUUUGCAUUUACCUUUUUAGUAAAAGGCGAGCUUUUAAGCCUGAGAAAUCACCCCGUAAAUGCACACGUUUAAUUGGACAUGUGUUAAUAUGUAUGGUUACACAGUAUUAAAAGACAGUGAACAACGUCAGUUACCUUUGUUCCCGCGUUUGAUAAAAGGUGAGCUUUUAAGCCUGAGAAAUCACCCCGUAAAUGCACACGUUUAAUUGCACAUGUGUUAAUAUGUAUGCUUACACAGUAUUAAAAGACAGUCAAAAAUUAACGUCAUUUACCUUUGUUCCCGCGUGCGACUCGUGCUGUAAAUCUCUUCCUUGUUUUUAGUUCACGUGAUUACGUAGGAGGUGUGAUGACGCGAUACGUGACUCCGCCUCCUCCAUUACAGUGUAUGGACAAAAAAUAUGUUCCAGUUAUGACCAUUACGCUUUGAAUUUCAAAAUGAAACCUGCCUAACUUUUGUAAGUAAGCUGUAAGGAAUGAGCCUGCCAAAUUUCAGCCUUCUACCUACACGGGAAGUUGGAGAAUUAGUGAUGAGUGAGUCAGUGAGUGAGUGAGUCAGUCAGUGAGGGCUUUGCCUUUUAUUAGUAUAGAUGCAUUUUUCACUUCUUUCCCUUCAUCCUAUAUGCUGCAUGUUAUGGAUCAUUUGAAUUUGUAACUGCAGCAGCAGAUCUCAGCUGAGUGACUAGACCAAUGUGUUUCUUUUCUUUUUCAUUUUCUUCUUCUUUAUCCCCUGCAGAAUACAAUAAAGUGGCCAAAAUGGAAUGCAGUUUCCCAAAAUCACAUUUUGCCUCAGCAAGUUGGAUUAUUAAUUAUGAGCCUAGCUGAGCUUUGGUAUUUUUACUUCUCUUUAUUUCCUCUGUGAAUCAUCCACAUGUAGAACAUUUCAUCAUUAACAAAUAUGAUACAUAGGUGGUGAACAGGUACAGGCAUAUAUUUGACAUGAAAGCUUUUGCCAAAAAAAGGUACAUUGGUUUGAAUAUCCUAAUCCUUAUAUUUACAUGCUAUCUUUACUGUAUCAUUCAAACACUUUGAAAUUCAUGCUGUCUUUACUGUGUCAUUCAAACACUUUGAAAUUAAAUAAAGAUCGACUGUACCAUG